UGCGAUAUUCUAGUUGUCAACACAUUCUUAAUGUUUAAAUCACCCCAUUUUAUAUCAACUAUUUAAAUGUGCAUUUUUGUGUUAAUCUAAGAUAGAAAUGCUUUAUCUUAAUGAAAGUGUAGAAAUGGAAAGAUUAAUUCAUAGUAGUAAUACACAAGAUCAAAGUGGCGAUACCCCAAUUGAAAUUGCAGCAAGAAAUAGAGACACAGAAACGUUUAAAAGGUUGUUUCAACAAAAUUCGACUAACAAUCCUCCAUUUACUAAGGUUGAAUUAGAAAAAUUAUUUAAAAUUCUUACAGACGAUAAAAUCCGCAACCAAGAUUGUUUGCAUUUUUUGCUAAACCAAUCUUGUUUACCCAUAGAUAUGGUUAAUUCAAAAGGUUAUACACCUUUACACAUCGCGAUACAAAUUGUAGAUCAUGAUGCAGUGAUUAAUUUAUUAGAACGUAGAGCUUCUUUGGCUAACAAAGCUGGUAAGAUGGAUCUUAUGCCUAUUCAUAAUAUUUAUCCAAAGUUGUUAGAAAAACACUUAGACGAUUGCAUUGUGUAUAAAGAUUUGUUAGAUGAAUGUGAUGAAGCAGGAAUGGUAAUAGAAUUUAAUUAUACAUCAUUUCUUAGCGAUGAAGAUUCAAAAAAAAGAGAACCAUUUUCUGAGAUGGAUGUAAUUUCCGUUAUUAGCGAAACCCCGGAAUUACAAUAUUUAUUAAGUCACCCAAUCAUCAGUGGUUUUUUAUAUAAUAAGUGGCGGAGAUUGUUAUGGUUUUUUAUAGUUAAUAUUGUUUUUCACUUCGUCUUUGUCGCCUUUUUAGUUGUACAUAUAACUAUGUCAAAUUCAAUUUAUUAUUAUGGAUUAGCUUUUACGUUAGGCGUUUUAAUUUUAAAAGAAGCGAUACAAAUUAUAUUUUCACCUACAAGUUACAUCACAGAUUUCGAGAAUUACAUAGAAAUAUCGAUGAUAAUUUCAACCGUUAUUACACUUUGUAAUGAACAUGGACAUGUAUCAUCAGCUGUAGCUAUUUUGUUAACAUCAAUUCAAACGAUGUUUUACAUCGGCAAGCACCCGGCUCUUUCUAUUUAUGUUUCAUUUUUAAAAACGGUUUCUUUGAAUUUUUUUAAAUUUAUACUUUGGUCAUCAAUUUUACUCGUAGGUUUUACACUAAGCUUUUUCAUAAUUUAUAACAAACCAAUAGAUAAUAAUAUAAACGGAAAUUACACCAACAACACUAACAUUGAAGAAUCCGAUUUUUACGCCAGUAGAACUUUAACAUUCACAAAAAUAAUCUUAAUGUUAGUUGGCGAAUUAGACGCAAACCCCUCUUAUCUACAAACACUUUUUAACCAAAUAAUAUUUUUAUUUUUCAUUUUCUUUAUGACAAUAACACUUUCUAAUGUAAUUAACGGUUUGGCCGUUCACGAUAUUCAAACGACUGAAUCUAAGGCGGAAAUUAAUAGUUUAAUUGAACGAACUCGUCGCAUUAUUUAUAUCGAACGAUUUCUACUCGACAACAGAGUUCGAUGUUUAUUAAACUGUUUCAAUAUCCACGAAUUAAUUUGCAAGGAAAUAUUUCUGUUUUACGACAUAUUUAAGAACAAAACAAUUGAAUUCACGUUCUACAAUGCGUUAAUUGCCCAUAAACCUCCAGAAGAACUCUUCGCUUAUAUAAUGCUUAAAGUAAAAAAUUUGUUUAAGACGAUAACGUGUUGGAGAGCUUUAGAAAAGAAAUCGACAAACAACGCGAAUAAGAUCGUAUUGGAACGAUUAAUAUCGAAAAAGAAAUCUUUUGAUCAAUGUAUAACUAAUAUUAAGAGGAAUGUUGAUAAAUUUGUCGAAGAAUUAAAAAAUAAUUCAAUACCUCCGUUAGAAUUUGAACAUAUAAAUAUAGUAAAUGAUUUAAAUACUUUGGAAAAAUAUUUAAAUUAAUCUACUAUUGUAGAUUAAUAUCAUGUUGUGUUUAAAAGAUUAUUGAGAUUAAAAGUGAUUUUUAAUGAA